GUAGUUGAAAAACUAAGCUGUGUGUCUCGUUCUUAUCAUGUCGGAAAACCCUUUAUAGCUUUGAAGAUUACACCAUAGUUAUAAUUUAAUUUUUAUAAGUUUAAACCACAUCCUGUUUCUUUUUCUUGGGAAAUUCCGAAACUAACAUGCGUUUAAAAGUCCAACAAGAGAAAUAAUUUGCAACAGUCGAUUCCGACAGCUCAAAAAUAAUGAUUCUGCAUCUGUUAAUUUUAUUGGUCAGCGUUUUGGUUACUUGUAGCGGAAAGAACUCGACAGUGCAAUGUGACAGAAACACCAAAGCUCUUUCGUAUUUGGAUCUUGCAGUCGAUAUGAUUGGAAAAGCGAAAGAAAACUACCCAGAUUGUCAGGAUGCCAAGUCCAAUUUAUCCUUAAAGCCAAUCGAUUGUGAAGAAUGGUUGUUAAUAGGUUAUAAUAAGAGUGGGUCUUAUAAAAUUUGGCCCAGAAGUCGAGUAUUGAAUGCGAAAUCAAUAGAUGUUUAUUGUGAUAUGGAAAUUGACGGUGGCGGCUGGACAGUAAUUCAAAGGCGUGGGAAUUUCCAGAGACCUAAAGAUUACUUUUAUCAAGACUGGUCAAGUUACAAAGCAGGAUUUGGUCACAUAGAAAAAGAUUUCUGGUUAGGUAAUGACAAAAUAUUUGCUUUAACCAAUCAAAAACUCUCUUCAGUACGUUUCGAUCUAAAAGACGUGGAAGGAGCUAAGAAAUACGCUCUGUAUGACAUAUUUUGGAUUGAUGAUGAGAUUCAGAAGUAUACGUUACACAUACAAGACUACAGUGGUGACGCUGGGGAUUCAAUGUCAGGACACACUAAUAUGAAAUUUUCCACUAAAGAUGCAGACAAUGAUAUUCAAACAGAACAACACUGUUCCCAAAUUUACAAGGGCGGAUGGUGGUAUAGUGCUUGCCACACAGCGAAUUUGAACGGACUCUAUCUCCGAGGAAAACACGACAGUUUUGCUGAUGGUGUGAAUUGGAAAAGUUGGAAGGAUUACCACGAAUCCUUAGACACAACUGAAAUUAAAAUAAGGUCAAAGAACUUCAAGCAAAAACCUGCUGUUACACCUGAAUUCACUGAAACUCCAAGAUCAUGAUGAUUAAAAAAGAAAAAAAUAUUUAAAUGUCAAAAACUUUG